ACUCCCAUCCAUAGAGAGCAAUACACGAUGACUUCAUAAAAUUCUAAUUCUAAAUCAUUCACUCCCUUCCAUAGAGAGCAAUACACGAUGACUUCAUAAAAUUCUAAUUCUAAAUCAUUCACUCCCUUCCAUAGAGAGCAAUACACGAUGACUUCAUAAAAUUCUAAUUCUAAUUCUAAAUUCUUGAAGAUUCCUACCGGUCAGUGGUAAGGCUUCAUUGGUCUUCACUCUGCACUAAAGGGCAAAUUGCCUGUGUGUUAACACUUACUUCAGGGUGAAACUUUUCCACGAACGUCCUCCGGUUUGCUUGUUGUCCAGAAAACCUGAAGGACUCACGCAGCCCAGCCAGGAGACGCCAAAUUGUCGUGAACAUUAGACAACACUCGCAGACUCGUCCUCUGAAGCAAGGUGUUAUGCCACGGCGAAUUCGCGGCUACACCGCCGACAAGAACUACACUUCCCGUCCACGCCUGCGCUCGAGUUCGAGCUGGACAUUGUAAGUUAUCACGGACUUCUCACACGAUGAUUUCUGCGUCUCCCUGCUGCUGCCCUGCCCGCGCUUGUCUCCUCGCAAGGUAACGUGACACAAGGAACUGGAGAAAAUCAGAGGAACCCCAAAUGACAAGGUCCAAGAGGUUUGGUCUGACACAGCGGAUUAGCCUCAGUAGAGCACUCAACAAGGAGAACUCCAAGACUAAACGUUUGAUUAACGUUGCCACUAAUCACUGAGGAGAACAAACUAUUUUUUUUUUUUUUUUUAACGUCACCAGCACUACAAAUAUCUUUAAUUUUUUUUUAAAUGUAUUUACAAUUUAAACUUCUGCUAUGAGAUAUGCUAUGUUCCACGGGCAACAAUCCAGUAUCUACAAUUUAAUGUUAAUAUUAUUUACCCCACAGUGGUACUGAAUGCUCGAUUGGUCAGAAGGUAUUAAUGAAUCUUUUAUAACAGGAACUCUGACAGUAGUUCCAGCCACAAGAUAAAACACAGAUGGAGACGUGCAGGAAUCUGCUGGGUAUUCCAGUGAACCACAUCUUCCCUGUUAAAAACUACCAUGAGGAGAUGGACACAGACGAUGACAUGGAUGCUGUGAUUCUCAAAGCACUGGAUCAGAUCGUGAGCGUCGCCUGUGACGCACUGAGAAAAAAGACAUCUCUGACCUCUGAUUUGCCUCAAGUUAUCAUCAUGACAAAAGUGGAUGAAGCCUGUCCACUGGUUAAACAGGACCUAAGAAAGGUCUACACCAGCAAGAAGAUCAAAGAAAAGAUGCAGGAGUGUAGUAAUCUGCUGGGUAUUCCACUGAGCAACAUCUUCCCUGUGAAGAACUACCACGAGGAGGUGGAUAAGAACGAUGACAUGGAUGUUCUGAUCCUCAAGGCGCUCGAUCAGAUCGUGAAUCUCGCCAACGAUGCUCUGGAAAACCAAAACCCUAGUGAGAAAUCUGAGUGAAGGCUUUUUUUUGUUCUUUUCCACCCCUGCACCAGUGCAGAGUAUUUGACAGUGAAAAGACAUGAAAUUGUGUCUAAAGUACAUUAUUAAAGUAAAGCUAAUUUCUUCUACUGUAAUCAUAACUGGUUUGUGUUUCUGUCGCUGUCACGUUCCUACUGCACUCUGGACUUUUUAUAUUCCAUUAAAUUAAUAAAUAUAAUGA